CUUGCUACCAAAUUCAUGGCCGCUACUGCUGAAUUUCCGUUUGCUUCCCCAUUCCCGAUUGGUUUUGGUUUCCGUCCCACGGAGGAGGAGCUCAUCACCUACUACCUGAAGAACAAAAAUGUUGGCAACGAGUCUGUUGUUCGUUUUAUCAAGGAGAUUGAUCUGUACAAGUUCGAGCCCGACCAACUCCCAGACAAAUCGUUUUUCCCGUCUGAUAAUUUUGAGUGGUUUUUCUUCCGGGCCAACACCUCCGACACUAAAAGAACCACCACUACUGGCUACUGGAAAUCCACCGGUAAACCCCGCCCAAUCAAGGCUCGAGGAACCAAUGAAGUGAUCGCAAGUAGACAAAUUUUUGUGUUCCAUCGAGGCAAGGGAGGCAAUGCUAUAAAGACCAAUUGGGUGAUACACGAGUAUAAGCCUCACCCAGACACUAAAAUCCCUUCCCAGCACCCAUUCCUCGUUUUUCGAUUGAAGGAAAAUGCAGAAGAUGGGCAGAGCAGUACCGUUGCUUCUCACCGGACUAAGAAAGUCACACAGGGAGGAGAAAUCCGGGAGAUGAACAGAGACGAACAAUUAUCGGAGUGUGAGCCCCUAGGGAGUUGUACCCAACAACCUAUCAAUGCCUAUGAUGAUGGAGUUGAAGUCAAUACACAGCAGCAGAUACAGCCUGGAGCUGGAGCUUCUGAAGAUGAAAAUUUCACUCAGAAUUUGAAGUGGAUAUUCGAUCCGGAAGGAAGCUUAGAUGACGAUGCGACCUCAACGAUAUGCAGGUCCCCAUUGCGAUCCGAACCAGAACCAGAACCAGUUUUAACGGAUUUUCAACCUUCGAAUGGCAAUCGUGGUGAAGUAAAUAAGCGAUUAUCUGAGAGUGAAUUUGAUGAGUAUAAGCAGGGGAUGAACUCGGAGGUGAAGGAUAAAAACUUGGAUGAGAUGACACCAAACAACCACUUUAACCGACGCUACAUUAAAAGAAGGCAUGUGAUGACUGAUAAACUUCAAAGUGGAUAUAUCGUACUUCAAAGUGGACGCGACCCUGAUACCAAUAAUACAUACCGACUGGUCGAUGUUGCUGUAGCCUUGCUAGCCAUCGUAGUGGCCGUAAUGUUUGCCAAGAUGUGGUGCGCUAAGUAUGUUUUGACCCAAUGUGGACUGCAGCGCAAAGCUCCAACUAUUACGGCUGAAAUGCAAUACUACAAUAUGCUUUGUAUUUUUGAAGAGACGAUUGUAGGCCGCUCACCCGCUUCAAUCACAUGUGAACAGACGGCUGCUUUUUUAUUCCAGUCGGCCACUUCAAGCCCCACUCCUUUCCACUCCACUCCACUAUCUUCACCUACCCAACAAAAAUUACGUCACUCCGCCCCAGUCAACGCAAGUCAUCCCCUGCUCCUGCUCCGUCGUUAUAAACAUCCUCCACCACCAAGGAUUCCACCACUCCCUCACUUCCUUGCUCCUCCUCCUCCGUUCUUCGACGCCCUUCCUACCAAAUUCAUGGCCGCUAUCGAUGAUUUUCCGUUUCUUUCUUCGUUGCCGGUUGGUUAUGGUUUCCGUCCCACGGAGGAGGAGCUCAUUACCCACUACCUGAAGAACAAGAUUCUUGGGCAGGAGUUUCUGGUUAAAUUUAUCAAGGAGAUUGAUCUGUACAAGUUCGAUCCCGAGCAACUCCCAGACAAAUCGUAUUUCCCUUCUUCAAAUUUUGAGUGGUUUUUCUUCCGGGCCAACACCGGCAUCAAUAAAAGAACCACGGCUACUGGCAGCUGGAGAUCCACCGGUGAUCCCCGCCGAAUCAAGGCUCGAGAAACCAACGAUGUGAUCGCAACUUGUCACAUUUAUGUGUUCCAUCGAGGCAAGGGAGGCAAUGCUAUAAAGACCAAUUGGGUGAUACACGAGUAUAAGCUUCACACACUUACAGACAUCACUUCCCAGCCAUUCAUCAUUUUUCGAUUGAAGAAAAAUGCAGAAGAGAGAGAUGUUUCAAUACGUGACCAAGAAGAUGGACAGAACAGUACCGUUGCUUCUCACCGGACUAAGAAAGUCAAACGGGGAGGAGAAAUCAGGGAGAUAAACAGAGACGAACAAUCGAUCUGUAAGCCCCUAGGGAGUUGUGCCCAACAACCUGUCAAUGCCUAUGAUGAUAAUGAAGUAAAUAUGCAACCAAUACAGCUUGGAGAUGGAGAUUCUGCAGAUGGAAAUAUGACAGAGCUUCUUAACUCGACAGUAAUUUGGGAUGAUAUCUUCAAUCAUAAAUUGACCGCAAAUAUGUGCAGGUCCCUACGACGUUCCGAACCACAACCAGGUUUAAUGGAUACCCAACAACCUGAGAGUCAACUUGAUUACUUGAGGAAUUUCGUCCACGAUGAUAAAAACUGGGACGAAAUGACAUCAAACAAUCAAGAAUGGGAAGGCAUGUAUAGUAGCGAGACUAAUUCCAAUACGGCCUUCGGCUUGCCGUAUAAUCACACUAUGAAAAGGUUGGAAAGAACCCCCCUUCCUCCAAGGCGUUUGCGGAUCAGUGAUGUAAAACAUAUAGAAAUUGGCAAUUCACCGCAGCUAUCAGGGACAGAUUCUAAUAAUGAGCUGAAAAGUGAAGCGGGCAACAAAGCAACCAAGUGGGCAACCGCUCAACAUUGCUUUUCUUCAAAAAAUCGGUUCUCCUAUAUCCUAACUACCAAACGCAUUCACCACAACUCCACUCUCCCCCCACUGGUCUAUGUUGCUAAAGCAUUGCUAGGCGUCGUGAUGCUUCUAAUGUUUGCCCAAGAUGUGCUGCUAUACCGAUACAGGCGCUGAAGAACAAUCUUGUGGUUAGCUUUUUCAUAUCAUGUAUCUCUCUUCUGUCUAACACAAGGCAGCCUUGUAUAACAAUAAUGGUAAUAAUGGGAGUUGGCCAUUAUGCGGGUGCCCAUCUUUAAACUUCAUUUCUCAAGAAGCUUUGUGGCCAAAAACUUGGGGCCAUGACCACAAAAACAAGUACCAAUGCAUCUGAGCUCACUCUGUGAUCAAUUCUGAAUUUGGUGGAAUCCCUAAUCUAAACAGUAACCGUCCAAGAAGUCAGAGUGAUGUGAUGACAAAUUAUAGGGUUCUUUUUAUUAAUAAUGAAACUGAGAAAGAAAGGUAGGACAUCCA